AUGAUAAAGAAGCAAACAGUUACAGCAGAAGAUGGCAAGUUCUGUUCAUAUCUAUCUAGUUAUCUAUGUCAUAGGCUGUUCAUAUCUAUCAAUCUAUUUGUCAUAGUCUGUUCAUACCUAUCAAUCAAUCAAUUAAUCUAUCUAUCUCAGUCUGUUCAUAUCCAUCUAUUUCAGUCUGUUCAUAUCUAUCAGUCUGUUUAUAUCUAUCUAUCUAUCUAUCUAUCUAUCUAUCUAUCUAUCUAUCUAUCUAUCUAUCUAUCCCACCCAACCCAAAAUUUCCUUGAUUUCAAAAAAUUUAUUUCUGACAAAUUAAUUUUUUUUUUUUUUUUAUCUCUCUUUUUUCCCCUUUUUUUUUUAUCUUUCCUCCUCCUUUUAUUUCCUUUCUUUUCUUUUUCUUUCUUUCCUUCCUCUUCUCUUUCGUAUUUUUUCUCUUUUCUUUAUAAUCUCUUUCCUGCAUGUUCUCUUACCUUUUUUUCCUCUCUUCUUUCUUCUAUCUCAUCUCUUUUCUGCAUCUUCUCUUUUCCUUCCUCUUCUUUGUCUUUCCUCCUCUCUUUCCUUCCUCUUCUCUUCUAUUUCGCUUCUCUUUCCCUUCUACUCUCUUUCCUUUUACUUUUCUUUCUUUCCUCUUCCCUUUCCUUCCACUUCUCUUUCUUUCAUCUUCUCUUUCCUUUAUCUUUUCUUCACUCCUACUCUCGUUCUAAUUCUCUUUCCUUUCUCUUCUAUUUCUUUCCUCUUCUCUAUCAUUACCCAUUUCUUUCCUUUCACUUCUCUUUCCUUCCUCCUUUCUUCUUCUUCUUCCAUUUCUCUUCUCUUUCCUUCUUCGCUUUUCUUCUCCAUUCUUUCUCAUCUUUCCUUCAUCGUCUCUUUUCUUUCUUCUCUCUUUCUUUCCUCUUGUCUUUCCUUUCUUUUGUCUUUCCUUUCUCUUCUCUUUCCUUUCUCUUCUCUUUCAUUCAUCUUCUCUUUCUGUCCUUCUCGCUUUCCUUUUUUCUUUUUCUAUAUUUUAUGAAAAUUAAAAAUCGAAAAUGA